UUUCUAGUGAAAAAUAAAACACAGAACACAAUCAUGGUGUUAGGUGCUAUUUUAUGGACACGUUAUUCCCAUGUAUUGCAUGGAAAAGAUACAUAUUACAUCAGACAAAAGACAGUUUGAGGAAGAUGCUAAUGUCUGCCAAGCUUCCUGCUCUGAUUCUCGUCCUGUGAGAGUGUGAAGGUCACCAUGGCAAACAGGCCUCAGGGUAACCAGGGGCGAUCGAUGAUUGGCCCGAGUGACCGACUGAUCGAAGAGUUCAGGUUUGACUUUUUGUUUUCAUAGAAUCUCCGAAUAACAAUGUAAACUGUGGUUAAAAUACAGAGAGAGGUUUCUAACCAAACAAACACUACGACUGAUACCACCUCAAACGAUCUUAAAUAACCCCUCAGUGUCACAGACAGAAAGCAUGUAUCUACGCCUGAAAUGACCGACGGCCGGAGAGAGGAGAACAGAUGUAAAUGUCGACUGCAGUGUGAUGAUUGGCUGUUGGAGAUCGUGGUAAAAUAUAAUUGGUUAAGAGUGGACACCCGUAAUCAGCUGAUUGGAUGCAUCUGAGGAGUGAAUAAAUGGCCUGCCCCAGAGAUCCAACCCAGGCGAUUGACACCAGACUGAGAUUCAUGCUGCAAACUUUUCUGCAGCACUACAGGGAGACGGCAGGAAACGACGACAACCAUGGAGCAGUGAAGUUCUGCUAUGCAGCAUCGAUUUGGUAUUACAGGAUCCUGGAGAACAUCCUCAGUCAGGAGAAAGGGAGGCUGGGCCUCAGACACACCUCUGUGUUCCUGGAGCUUGAUCUGUUUCAGCGCUCUCUGGUGGCCUGUUGCCUGGAGAUUACCAUCUCCUCAAAAAGUCUACCAUAUGAAUUCCCUCUGCUCCUUCAGGUCUUAACACUGGCACCCUACCACUUCAUCAAGGUGAUCGAACUGGUUCUGCGGGCUGAGAAGUGCCUGCCCCGCGCUGUGGUCAAACACCUCGCCCAAUCAGAGGAGAAAGUUCUGGAGUGUUUGGCCUGGACCAGCGACUCACCGCUGUGGGAAGCCAUCAGAGCCAAUGAGGGCAGUCUGCCCACCUGCCAACAGGUGAUGCCUCCUGAAAAGCUUGAAGGUUCAAACACAACAGACGUUCAACCUGACAGAACCAGACCUGAAGAUAUGUCAGUGGAGUUUAGUUUUGGAGCUGAACCAUCUUCCAGCACUGACCCGCAGCAUCCAUCAGCCGAGAGGCUGCAGAGGACUAACUCCCUCCACCUGUUCGCUCGCAAGGUGUACAUGUUGAUGGGGAAGCGUCUGAGCGAGCUGUGCUCCACGCUGCGUGUUUCUGAGGAGCUGCGUCUGAAGAUCUGGACGUGUUUUGAGCACUCACUGGUUCAAUACACCGAGCUCAUGGUGGACCGACACCUGGACCAGCUGCUCAUGUGUGCCAUCUACCUCAUGUCCAAGAUCACCAACGUGGAGAUGCCCUUCAAACACAUAAUGAAUUGCUACAAGUCUCAACCUCUUGCAAGCAGAAUUGUCUGCAAAGAUGUGCUGAUUUCCGGAACAGACGAAGAAAUGCUUCUCACCGGAAACAACAAUAACGGAGACCCUGUUGCCCUUUUCCCGACCCCCGACUCCCCAUCGUUACAUUACCCCGGACCCAGUCAGGAGAAGAGGGGCAAUCUGAUCCUGUUUUACAACCAGAUCUACACCGAGAAGAUGCACCACUUUGCUGAGCAGUUUGACCCAGCCUCUGGAGGAGACACUCCUCCUCUGUCUCCUUACCCCAGUCUCCCCAUCCCAAAUCCACCGCCCAUCACAGAGACCCCUGCAAACAGAGAAGAGGAAGACAAGGAAGAAUUGGAGGAUGAAGAUGGUCCUCCUGCUCAGAGGCUUCGGGUGAAUGGCGAGUCAGCCUGGCAGAGGCGACUCAGGAACGUGGCGAAUAGUCGCGUGGCAAGAGGAGACCGGGACCAACCGUCUACAUAGUUAUACCCCCUCACCUGCACUGAGUCUCACUGUGAUGCCGUCAUAAAGGAAAAGCACUUGUCUUCCUUUACGGAUAUAGUAAUACUUCCUUUGGGUCAAAGCUGUGAGCUCUAAGUGUUUUUGCUCUUUUUCUCUGCACUAUGUCGGGCACUUUCUGUCCUUGCACUUAACGCUCAGCUUAGUGGCUAAAGUAGAAGAGUGCGGCUGUCCUGCGCUGCUCCCUGGUGGAGGUGUAUGAAGGGACUAUCUCCAAAGUGUACUUAGUUUGCUUUCCUUGGCGUCUGAAUGCGAACUGUAGUUAAAACUGUGGGACUAACUUAUCUUUCCAUUCAAAAGGGGACGGGCAUCAUGUAAAGCAUUUCUAGUGUCUACGGUAAGGCUACAGGAUUAGAAAAUACAAAUUUGAGGGAGUUGAAAGGGGGGAGACAGAGGGAUGACACAUGGCUACUGGUCCCAGGCUGUAUUUAAACUCAGGGCCUUAACAGUGUGUGUCUGUCUAACACUAACCGUAACCCUAGCUCCAGAAUAAAGGCUUUAUUCACCUUAUCAUUUUUAAAGAGGUUUCUUACCAAAUAAGGAUUUUAUAUGAUGUCCAAAGAUGCAUGCCGUUUGUAGGCUGAGACUUCAGUCAGAUAUUUUCACAUAUCGCAUUUUCUGCAUUUGGAUAUUGCACUAGUCCAAUUUUGAUACAAAUGUGUAUUAGUGUGCAGCCCUAGUCUAUGUCCUGACUGAAUGCUUGAUUCUAAACCGGCUUGAUUCUUCAUGAAUGUUAUGUUCUGUUUUAUUCAACGAUCAUGGUAUAUAGCAUAUCUUUUUGAUUUAAAGAUAAGUUCAACCAUAACUGUCAGCCAGUCCAAGUUUCUAUAAAAGACAUUUGAGUUUUCAAGUGCACAUGUACUGAGAAUUUAGGAUUAGGAGGCAAUGAAUUGUCUUGAUCAUUUCAUUUGUCAAAUAAUGUUUAUGUCUUGUCUGCUUAAUCUAUUAUAUUUUCAUGCAUUAAAAACUCUUUAGAAAAGCAAUCAGUGUACUACCAAUAAACAGAAAUGUAUUUCCACAA